AUGUCCAACAAACAUCAAGCUGGGACAGGACAAUGGUUUAUCAAAGGGGAUGCUUUUCAAAAGUGGCUCACAGACAGUCAUCUUCUCUGGGUCAACGGAUUCGCCGGCUCUGGCAAGUCUGUUAUAUGUUCAACUGUAAUCCAGCACACCCUUAGCCUAAAGUGGCAGGAUCCAAGGAUCGGGGUCGCUUUCUUCUAUAUCCGGUUUAGUGAUCAUGAAAAGCAAGAUUUGUCGGCUAUUCUACGAGCUGUUCUGUUACAGCUAUCAGCACAACUCCCAGAGGCUGAGCAAGACCUAUAG